AUGUAUGAUGUCGCCACCUCCAAGGAGAAGGCCCGACGCCUGGCCUUUGAACGCCUCGCCACCGAAGUCAUGUUCUGCGACGACCUCGAGCGACGAGAGGCGCUCUUGCUGAGCUAUCCGCUCUUCUGGGCGGAGAAGAGGGACAUGUGCGCCCUGUGGCUCAGCCUCUACGACCAGACCUGGUCCGUCGACUCCACCCUCCCCCUUAGCAGCCGCGACCGGCUGCUCGACUUCAUGCAACUGUGGGCCGGCCUCUACGUCAAGGACUUUGACGACAUCAUGAGGGGCGGGGUGUUGGACAUGUUGGAGAUGAGGGAACAGAAGCCGGUGGUGAACCGGUUCAAGCUCCUCUUCUUCCAUUCAUCGAUCAUGACUCCCACCACGGCCACCACGACCGCUGCCGGUCCAUCCCAGCCGGCCACCGCCGACGAGAAGCGCACCCGGCGGCGGCCCUUCCACUCCUUCUCGUCCUGGACCUCCACCCGCAGCUCCUCCUCCUCCGACGCCGACGACGACGCCCCGUCAUCAUCAUCGUCAGCAGCCUCGCCUUCGCCUUCGCGCCUGGGCUCGUCGUCCUCGGUGCCAGCCGUAGCCGAGCGCGAGGAGUGGGAGGGCACCGGCUCCGGCGAGCUCGAGGACAAGCGCAUGCUGAAGAUCCGCUACCGCGUGCGCGCCAUGUCGCUCGACCUGAUCGGCAAGAAGGGCUCCCACGCGAGCGGCCUCGAUGGCUCGCAAGCCGCGGCGCCGGCGGGGGCGGCGGCUGCGCCGACGUCGCUGCUGGACCUCAAGUCGGAGGACAUUGCGCGCGAGCUGACGAUGGACGAGUUCGAGCUCUACUGCGGGGUGGAGCCGCGCGAGUUCCUGGGCCAGGCCUGGCAGAAGGAGCGCAAGGCCGAGCUGGCGCCUAACCUGACCCGACUCAUCGAGCGGUUCAACAAGAUCGGCUACUGGGUGGCGACCGAGGUGCUCACCAAGCACGACGUCAAGGUGCGGGUCAAGUACAUCAAGAAGUUCAUCAAGAUCGCCUUCCGAUGCUACGAGUGCAACAACUUCAACGCCAUCAUGCAAAUCCUCUCCGGCCUCAACAACUCGUCGGUCAAGCGACUCAAGGACACGUGGGAGGCGUUGGGCGAGCGGUCGAAGAAGAAGAUGGAGGAGCUCGAGUCGCUGAUGGAGCCCCAGUCCAACUUCAAGAACUACCGCACGGUGCUCCACCACCGCCGCCACUCGGCCAACCUCAGCUCCUCCGGCCCGCGCUCCGUCAUCGCCGCCAACACCCCGCCCGUGCCCCGCGCCGGCCUGCACAGCCCGGCCCACUCGCCCCGCGGCCAGGUCCCCUCGUCGCCCCUCGCCACGUCAUCGCCACGCUGCGGCCCGCUCCCCGAGGCCGGCAGCGGCAGCGGCAUCAUGCAGGCCGGCAACGGCGCCUCGCCCAGCCACCACACCACCGGAAUGGCCCGACGCCCGACGCUGCCCUACGUCGGCCUCUUCCUGCGCUACCUCACCUACCUCGACGAAAACUCGCCAUACCUCUCCACCACGGAGAGCGACGGAAGGGAUGGCGCGGGCGAGGUGAAGGUGAACGCCAACCUGCUGCGCACGCGAUGGGAGCAAGUGAAGGAAUUCCUCGGAUUCCAGGCCCCGCCCUACCGCCUGCCGCGCUCCGAGGCGGCCGCCAAGUACCUCCGGUCCAUCCACGCCGUGGCCGACGACGAGGUCCUGUACCACCUCUCCUGCUCGUCGCAGCCCUCGCCCCGCCGGGACCACAGCGCUGCGACGGGCGGCCUGCGCGGCAGCGCGAGCGUGCCCUCCAGCCCGGCCGUGCACCGCGCGCCGUCGAUCGCUGACGAGAAGGUGGCGGCGCCCGGCUCGCCGCUGAUCGCCCAGCUCACGCCCUGGAUCACCACCACCGACGCCGAUCCGACCGGCGGCCUCCCGGACGUGCGAAAGCGAGCGAACUCGGCCGGCCGAAGCAAUGCGCCGCCAUCGCCGUCGGUGGCGCCGUCGGGCUCUGGGUCGCGCCGCCGGCGCAUGCACUACGCCAAGCCGCUCCCGGCCCUCCCGCCCGAGGACUCCCCGGCAUCCGCCGCGGCCGACUCGCAGCAGCAGCAGCUCUACGACUCGGGCGAGCCGCCGCUGCACCGCUCCAACUCGGGGGUGCCCCUCACUGCGGCCCGCCUGAGCGUGUCGAGUCCGACCCUGCCGCGACUGCGGCUCGAUCGCAUCCAGCGCGACGACAGCUUCCGCCAGCUCCUGAGCUCGAGCGAGAGCAGCAGCGACGAAUCGAGCUCGAGCAGCCGCUCGUUCGGCCGCCUGGACGACGCUCAUGGGGCGGACCACCAUCAUCACUACGAUCAGAUGUCGACGUCGUACUACGACGAGGGCUGCUGGUCGCAGUACUCGGGCGGCGACUGGACGGACGACGACUCGACGCCGCUGGCCUCGCCCGCCGUCCCGCUUCGCCCCGGCUUCGCACGACAGAUCGUGUAG